AGGCCGCCGCCAUGGAGUGUGAGGUCUGUAUAAAAGACCUAACAUGGGUUGGUAGCAGUAUCCAGUAUCUGAUCGUACUCUGGUCUAUCCAGUUCGGGUUUCCACAACCACCCACCACCACAAACAGCAACGUAGGAGCAUCACAAUGAAAACUUUGGUGUUGUUAGGCUUAGCCACAUUGUUGGUUUUAAGUUCUGCGGCUGAAGAGGAGAAGAAGGCCGAAGAAGUGAAACCAGCAGCUGAACAGGCUGACAAAAAGCAGGAUAAGCGUGGAAUCUUUGAUCACGAUUUCGGUGGCCACGACUUCGGUGAGCAUGAUUUCGGUGGACAUCACUUCGAAAGCGACCAUCAUCAUCAUGUUGACUUGCACCCACAUCACGAGAAGACCCUGACUGUGGUCAAGAAAGUCCCAGUCCCAUACCCAGUAGAGAAGCACAUCCCAUACCCAGUGGAAAAGCACAUCCCAGUCCCAGUUAAGGUUGGAGUGCCAAAACCAUACCCAGUCUACAAGACUGUCCACUACCCAGUCAAGGAAAUCGUGAAAGUGCCGUACCAUGUGCCAGCUCCUUAUCCAGUUGAAAAGAAGGUCCCGGUCCCAGUCCAUGUGCCAGUCGAUCGUCCAGUCCCAGUCAAGGUGUACGUGCCAGCUCCUUACCCAGUAGAGAAGAAGGUCCCAGUCCCAGUUAAGGUCCAUGUCCCAGCUCCAUACCCAGUUGAAAAGAAGGUCCUGGUCCCGGUCAAGGUUCCAGUUCAUGUUGAAAAGCCAUACCCAGUUGAAAAGGUUGUCCACUACCCAGUCCAUGUUCCAGUUGACCGUCCAGUCCCAGUUCAUGUUGAAAAACCAGUCCCAGUCCCAGUCGAAAAGCCAGUCCCAUACCCAGUCUACAAGAAGGUCCCAUACCCAGUCCAUGUCCCAUACGACCGUCCAGUCCCAGUUCAUGUUGACAAGCCAGUGCCAGUCCCAGUCAAGGUCCAUGUGCCACAACCUUACCCAGUUGUCAAACACAUCCCAUACCCAGUCGAGAAGCACGUCCCUUACCCAGUCAAGGUCCCAGUUGAUCGUCCAGUGCCCUACACCGUCGAGAAGCACGUCCCCGUAGAAAUCGAGAAACCAGUACCUUACCCAGUCAAGGUCCCAGUUCAUGUCCCAGUGCAUCACCACGAAGAGCACCACCAUGAAGAAGUCCACCACUUCGAUGAACAUGAUUUCCACCAUGAACAUCACCACUAAGGAAACAAUUGUGAUAAAACCCCAUCCCAUAUAAUAGUAACUUCCUUGUUCCUGCAACUUCCCUAAAAAACAAA